AUGGAUAUAAGCAAAAUUAUAACAAUCUGUGCUUUUUGCGCAAUUUUCGGAGUGGAAUUUGUGUUAAGUUCACCCACAUUUGGCGGUGAACAUGUGCAUAUUAAAGUUCAUAUACCUCAUGAAGUCUCAAGUACAAAAUCAAAACAUACUGUGAUACAUCAUGCUCCCAAGCACCAUGUAAAACAUAAAGUUAUACAUCAUUAUCAUGGCCACCAAAGUCCCGUAAAAACCCAGGCCAUUAAGGAAAAAGCACCUUUAUUGGAAAAUCUUUAUCUCGCAGAAUUGGAUAAACCUCACAUCCAGGAGCAUUCGUAUCAUCAUGCUCACGGUGCACAACAUAAAGAAGAAACAUUUUUGGUGAAAGAGCAACACCACCAUCAUCAUGUUAAACCAAUAGAAGAAAUAAAUACAGUUAAAGUUAUAGAGGAACACGAGCAUCACCACCAACAUCAACCUCAUCUAGAAUAUGGCAAAAAUCAUGUAGAAACUAUUAAACUAAUAGAAAGUGGUAACGAUCAUCAUCAUCAUUAUCAUGAAGAUCAAGAUCAUCAUUAUCAUGAAGAUCAAGAUCAUCAUUUCCAUGAAGAUCAUGAUCAUCAUUACCAGGAAGAUCAAGAUCAUCAUGUUCAGACCGUUAAGUUUGUAGAAGAAAAACCCCAAUAUCAUUAUCAUCACGAAGAAAAGCCCGCAAAUUAUGAAUAUCAUGAACCAAAAGAGGAAGUAAUAAAAGUAAUUGAAGCGCCAAAAUAUAAAUCAGCCGCACAAGAUUAUGGCCAUCAUUAUGGUCACGAACCCCAGGUGGAGGAGGUGGUGGUGGAGGAAGAGCAAAAUUACCACGACUAUCACACACCACCUCAAACGGAAACUGUGAAAAUAGUUGAAACUAAACCCUCAGUUCCCAAAGGAUAUUAUAAUAAUUAUGACCCUGAAGAUCAGUUGUUGCAUGGUAUCAUCGAAGAAUCUCUGGAAAUUAUUAAAACUAAAAUUGCUAAAAACCACAACUAUGGCAAUCACUAUCAAACUCAUUAUGGCUAUCAACAGCAGCCAAAAGAACAAGAAACUGCAAAACCUCAAGAAGAAUAUCAUCAUUAUCAAAAGGUCCCUGCAACAAACUACCAUUAUAGUCAUCAGCCUGAUGUAACCGUUGAAGAACAUAUAGAAUAUGAAAAACCAAACAGUCAUCAUUAUUCCCAACAUACAUCAACUUCUGGUUCUCUUGAGCCCUCUCAGCAUUAUGCAUCACACUCAGCCGUUUACGAAAAACAAUCAUAUGACAAUAAACAUAAAUACGCAACAGACUAUAAACCAGAGACCCCUCAAGAUAUUAAUGAAUCCCACAUGGAGUAUCAAAAGCAAAAUACUCUUUACGAGGAUUUGAACACAAAGGAUGAUUAUUCAAAGGAUGUGGAAAAUCCUCAUGCUCCAGAAACCUAUAGAGGUCAUGAUAGUUACAGUGCCGGUCAUGUACAGGGCAUAGGUAGUGGUGGCUAUCGUUAUCACAUGCCAUAA